AACCAUGUUGAGAACUUUGAGGCUGACGAUGACUGUCUCGUGGGCCAGAGCGCUCCAUAAAGCCAGUCCAUUGGCCAGAAUAGUGCCCGUGGCACUGUUGGUUCGGCGGUUGCCAGCGGCCAACAGACGGCUUUGCACCAGCGCCAGAGCCGCCCAGGAGCUCCAGUUCAGCCAGUUGUCGCCCGAGGACCAGGCCACGUUGACAGAGGAAAGGGCUGCUGACGCUGUGGACGUGUGUAUUGUGGGUGGUGGUCCCGCAGGCUUGGCUACCGCCAUCAAAUUGAAGACUUUGGACAACGAACAAGGCAAUGGCGAUCUCCGUGUGGUUGUGUUGGAGAAGGCAGGCGAUUUCGGUGCCCACAUCGUCAGUGGAGCCGUUUUGGAGCCCAGAGCAUUGACAGAAUUGUUCCCGGACAGCGAGUUAACCAACGAGACGGGAGGUAUUCCGCUUCCUCCAGACUUGGUGACCAAAGUCACCAAGGACUCGAUGAAGUUCUUGACCCAGGAGUACGCAUACCCGUUGCCAGAGCCUCCCCAGAUGGCCAACCAUGGCAAGAACUUCAUCGUGUCGUUGAACAACGUGGUCAAGUACUUGUCGGAGCAGGCCGAGGAGUUGGGCGUGGAGCUCUACCCUGGCAUCUCCGUCAGCGAGUUGGUAUACAACACGGACGGCUCCGUCAGAGGUGUGGCCACCCAGGACAUGGGUAUCGCCAGAGACGGCAGCCCCAAGGACUCUUUUGAGCGAGGCAUGGAGUUCCACUCCAGAGUUACAGUGUUGGCCGAAGGCUGCCACGGCUCGUUGUCCAAGCAGGCCAUCUCCAAGUACAACUUAAGACAGAACAGCGAGGUCCAGACCUACGGUUUGGGUAUCAAGGAAGUGUGGGAAGUCAAGCCUGAGAAUUUUGAAAAGGGCUAUGUUGGCCAUACCAUGGGCUAUCCUCUUUCCACAGCCGAAUACGGUGGGGGUUUCAUGUACCACUUUGGCGACGGCUUGGUCGCUGUGGGUCUCGUCAUUGGAUUGGACUAUGCCAAUCCAUACAUCUCCCCUUACCAAGAAUUCCAAAAGAUGAAGCUCCAUCCAUACUACUCCAACGUAUUGGAGGGCGGCAAAUGUAUUUCCUACGCUGCCAGAGCAUUAAAUGAAGGGGGCUACCAGUCUAUUCCUCAGCUCUAUUUCCCUGGAGGUGUUUUGGUGGGUUGUUCUGCCGGUUUCGUGAAUGUACCAAAGGUCAAGGGUACUCACACCGCCAUUAAGUCUGGUAUAGUUGCUGCUGAGUCGAUCUUUGAGCAGAUCAAGGACCUAGACGCUGUGGAUGAAAGUCUGUUCGAGGACCCUGACUAUACUCCUGUCUUAUUGGAAAGCUACGCCAAGGCAUUUGAGCAAUCGUGGGCUUAUGAAGAAUUGUACAACGUGAGAAAUGUCCGUCCUUCCUUCAAUGGACCCCUUGGGUUCCUUGGAGGAUUGGCUCACUCCGGCUUGUCCACUAUGAUCACCAAUGGUAGCGAGCCAUGGACAUUGAGCCACCACUCGUCUGACUCCGCAGCCACCAAGGAAGCCAAGCACUUCACACCAAUAGACUACCCCAAACCAGAUGGUAAGCUCACUUUUGACUUGCUCACUUCAGUCUCAAGAACAGGAACUUAUCAUGACGAAGACGAACCAUGCCACUUGAGAAUCCCAGAUCAAGACUACAGAAAACACGCGGAACUCAGCUAUCCCAAGUACAAGGGAGUGGAACAAAGAUUCUGCCCUGCUGGAGUGUACGAAUAUGUUGAGGAUGAGGCAGAGCCAUUAGGGGUCAAGUUCCAAAUCAACAGUCAAAACUGUAUCCAUUGCAAGACAUGCGACAUCAAGGUUCCAACCCAAGACAUCGACUGGGCUGUUCCCGAAGGUGGAGAUGGUCCUAAGUAUUACAUGUCUUAGGAUUCGACCCAACACGAAAUCUUCGAAGAACUGAUAACCCAACAAAAUUGUACAUAUUUGAGUGGAUGUAUCCUAGGAUAUUUGGCAUUAAAACUAAUAAUUAUUUAUAGACAAAA